AUGGAAAUGUUGUCCCGGAAAACACGCGCGUAUGCAAAUUGCCUUGCAGCUCCGGGGCGUUGCCACGAAGUGCUGACGAGUCUCCCCCUGCAAGCCUUUUUCCAUUUCAACGUGUAUUUCGCGCCGAUUCUACUCAUCUAUAGCGUCGCUUGCCUGCUUUUAAAGUACUCCCUGCUCUCGGUGACAUAUCAGGUACUGCUCGUGUCGGUUUUGAUCGUCUACUGCACCGUCGAAUGUGUACGGCUGCUGCUUGGCUAUUACGGAAAUCUUGGGGAGAAGAUUCCGGCCCUUUCCGGCUUUUGGAUCAGCUCGUUGCUGGUGCAGCUUCCGCUAAUCCUGUUCUUGCUCCUGGACCCGGACACGAGGCCGUUGCCCAUUGAGCGCGCCAUUUAUUCUAUACACCUUGUGUUUCUGGUAGGCGAGCUUUUAACCGGCUUCGACGCGAUUCGGCGCAUCUCCAACUACCAGAUGCAGAAUUUCCAGAAACGGAUUGAGGAGGAUGAGAAGACUGCUAAC